AUGUCUGGUAAUAGAGAUCAUCAAUUCAAUAGAAAUAAUUUCGGUUCUUCUCGUGGUGGAGAUUUUAGAGGUUCUCAUGGUAGUGAUAGAAAUGGUUACAAUAGAGGCGGUAAUGACUAUAGAGGUAGAAGAGGUGGUGGUUUCAAUAACAACCAAAAAGUUGUCAAUUUAGAUGAAAAACCAAAUUGGGAUUUAGAUACUUUACCAAAAUUUGAAAAAAAUUUUUAUUCUGAAGACCCAAAAGUUGCUGCCAGAUCAGAUGCUGAGAUUGCUGAAUUUAGAAAGGAAAAUGAAAUGACGAUUUAUGGUCAUGAUAUUCCAAAGCCAAUCACCACUUUUGACGAAGCUGGUUUCCCAGACUAUGUCUUAAAUGAAGUUAAAGAAGAAGGUUUUGAAAAACCAACUGGUAUUCAAUGCCAAGGUUGGCCAAUGGCUUUGAGUGGGAGAGAUAUGAUUGGUGUUGCUGCAACUGGUUCUGGUAAGACUUUGUCUUAUUGUUUGCCUGCUAUUGUGCAUAUUAACGCCCAGCCAUUAUUAUCCCCAGGCGAUGGUCCAAUUGUUCUUGUUUUGGCCCCAACAAGAGAAUUGGCUGUACAAAUUCAAAAAGAGUGCUCUAAAUUUGGUAGAACCUCUAGAAUUAGAAACACAUGUGUCUAUGGUGGUGUUCCAAGAGGUCAACAAAUUAGAGAUUUGCAAAAGGGUGUUGAAAUUUGUAUUGCUACACCAGGUAGAUUAAUUGAUAUGUUGGAAACUGGCAAAACUAAUUUGAAAAGGGUUACUUACUUGGUUUUGGAUGAAGCUGACAGAAUGUUAGAUAUGGGGUUUGAACCUCAAAUCAGAAAGAUUGUUGAUCAAAUCAGACCAGAUAGACAGACUUUAAUGUGGUCUGCUACUUGGCCUAAGGAAGUUCAAGCUUUAGCCAGGGAUUAUCUACACGACUAUAUCCAAGUUAACAUCGGUUCUUUGGAUUUGGCUGCUUCUCACAAUAUUAAACAAAUUAUUGAAGUUGUUUCUCAAUAUGACAAGAGAGAUAGAUUGGUUAAACAUUUGGAGGUUGCAUCUGAAGAUAAAGAAUCUAAAAUAUUAAUUUUCUGCUCUACCAAAAGAGCUUGUGAUGAUGUUACAUCUUAUUUAAGAGGAGAUGGGUGGCCAGCUUUGUGUAUUCACGGUGAUAAACAGCAACAGGAGCGUGAUUGGGUUUUGAAUGAGUUUAGAAGCGGUAUUAAUUACGUUAUUAACUUUGAUAUGCCAGGUAAUAUUGAAGACUAUGUUCAUAGAAUUGGUAGAACAGGUAGAGCUGGUACUAAAGGUACAGCUAUUUCCUUUUUUACUGAAGAUAAUAAACCAUUGGCUAACCAAUUGAUAGGUAUUUUGAGAGAAGCUAAACAAGAUGUUCCAGAAGAUCUAUUAAGAUACGAGAGAGUUAGCCACAGAAACAAUUACCAUCCAAGAUACGGUGGUCGUGGUGGCCGUGGCGGACGUGGUGGUCGUGGCGGCUAUGGUGGUAAUCGUGGCUUUGGUGGCCGUAAUGGUGGUAAUAAUAGAAGAUGGUAA